GAGCACUUGAUACAAGAUGGCAAUGCGUGUAUGUGUUUAUCGGAAUAUGGGUCAACACGUGAGUGUGGCAGUUGGAAAAAAUGACAUAUGUGCUGCAGGCAGCCGUUUCUGUGGACGGAUAAGCAGGUGGAACCACACAAAUCCGUGGAAGGAUGGAAUAGGUAUGGGAGAUAUCGAUAUUCAAAUCGGAGACAAACCUUUAAAACUAUCCACUGGUAAGCUUGCAAGGUUUGCAGAUGGUUGUGCCAUAGCACAGAUAGGAGAAACAUCAGUAAUGGUCACAGCUAUAAGUAAAACUACUCCAUCAGCAUCUUCAUCUUUUCUUCCUCUCACUGUUGAUUUCAGACAGAAAGCUGCAGCAGCUGGGCGAAUCCCAAUGAAUCAUUUAAGAAGAGAAAGAGGACCAACAGAUUUUGAAAUAUUAACAAGUAGAGUGAUUGAUAGAUCAAUUCGUCCUUUGUUUCCACAGGGAUAUGUUUUUGAUAGCCAGAUAAUUUGUAACUGUUUAGCAGUAGAUGGUAUUAAUGAUCCUGAUAUACUUAGUAUUAAUGCAGCCUCAGCAGCUUUAUCCUUAUCCGAUAUACCAUGGAAUGGUCCAGUUGGUGCUGUUAGAAUGGGAUUAAUUGAUGGCAAAUUUAUAGUGAACCCAACUAGAUUAGAACUUAUCAAAAGCAAACUUAAUUUAAUUGUUACUGGUUCCAAGAAAAGCAGUAUUGUUAUGCUUGAAGGAUCUGCUGAGAAUAUUUUACAACCUGAAUUUUGUAAAGCAAUAAAAUUAGGAAUUAAAGAAACUAAUCAAAUCAUAAAUGGUAUUGAAAGUUUAUGUAAAACACAUGGCAAGAAAAAGAGGGUUGUAGAAAAUAUGCUGACAAUACCAGAAGAUAUUUUAAAGGCUGCCACGAAUAUAGCAAAAGACAAGAUAUAUGAAGUGUUUUCAGAUUAUUCACAUCACAAGUUUUCCAGAGAUAAUGCUAUUUCUAAUAUCAGAACUGAAUGUAUAGACAGGUUAACAGCAAUGUUUCCCGAAAAUGAGGUUUUUCUAUUCAAUGAAGCAUUUAAUUUUCUUGUCAAGGAUGUGUUUCGUAAUAUAAUCUUGGAUGAGGACAGAAGGUGUGAUGGUCGGAGUCUCACAGCAUUGAGAGAUAUCUCAUGUGAGGUUGAUAUGUAUAAACCAUUGCAUGGAUCAGCUUUGUUUCAAAGAGGACAAACUCAGGUUCUUUGUACAGUGACUUUUGACUCUAUUGACUCAGCAUUGAAAGGAGAUGCACUAUCGGAAAUUAUCAGUGGAAUUAAAGAAAAGAAUUUUCUACUUCACUAUGAGUUUCCUCCCUUUGCUACUAAUGAAGUAGGUAGAAUGUUUGCAUCUAGAAGAGAACUAGGACAUGGUGCAUUAGCUGAGAAAGCUCUUAAACCAGUUAUACCAAAGAAAUUUCCAUUUACAAUCCGCUUAACAUCAGAGGUGUUAGAAUCAAAUGGUGUUCCCAUUACAGCAGCAGUAGCCGGUGUAGCAAUAGGACUUGUUGCAAAAACAGAAGAUGAUAAUAGGAGUAAUAUUACAGAUUAUCGGCUUAUGACAGAUAUAUUGGGAAUUGAAGAUUAUAUGGGAGACAUGGAUUUCAAAAUGGCCGGCACAAAGAAAGGAAUCACAGCACUGCAGUUGGUAAAAUGGAUGUCUGGUGAGUUGGUACGUAAAAUGGAUGUCUGUGGUGAGUUGGUACGUAAAAUGGAUGUCUGUGAAAAUAUUGAAGUUCCUGUUUUUAAAAGAGCGAAAUUUGUUGGACCAGGAGGCUAUAAUAUUAGGAAACUGAUGGCUGGCACAGGGGUAACAGUGACACAGGUUGAUGAAUCAAAUUUCUCAGUGUUUGCACCAACACCAAAUGCAAUGAUAGAAGCUAAAGAACAAAUAGAAGAAUUACUUCAGGAUGAUCAAGAAAUUGAGUUGGAAUUUGGCGGUGUAUACACAGCAACUAUUACUGAAAUAAGGGAUUCUGGUAUAAUGGUUAAAUUGUAUCCAUCAAUGACCCCCACGUUGUUGCAUAAUUCACAGUUAGAUGUUAGAAAGAUAAGUCACCCAAGUGUUCUUAAAUUUGAAGUUGGUCAAGAAAUCACCGUUAAAUUCUUUGGGCGGGAUCCUGUCAGUGGUAAAAUACGUUUGUCACGAAAAGUUUUACUGGCACCAGCAUCAGCAGUUGUACGACAUCUUGGACCUAAGGAUAAUUCAUUCAGUAAUACUGGAGUCUGAAGUGUGUGUCAUCUGCCAUCAGAAGAGUAUGACAUUCACCAUUUGGGGAUUAUGACAUCCAACAUCAGAAGAGUAUGUCAUCCUUCUUCACAAGUGUAUAUCAUCCACCAUCAGAGAACUAUGUAAUCCACCAUCAGAAGAGCAUGUCAUCCAUCGUCAGAGGAGUAUCUCCUCCAU